CGCUCGCCGGGCUGACGUGGGUCCGCAACGCCGUACUCGCGACAAACUACCCAGGAGCGAAGAGACGACUCUCCAAGGAUGGGGCCAUCAGCACUGCGGCCCUGGCGGGUCCCUUGGGAGGAUCUCCAAAGAUGCCGAUCUAGGCAGGAGGUGGAUCAGAAGUCCUUGUGGGCCCACCCCCGCCCGAAAGCCUGGGCUCCGGGGAACCGAGGCAAGUUUUCUCUCUGUGCUAUGGGAGAUGUCAAAGAAUCAAAAAUGCAAAUAACACCUGAAACUCCAGGAAGAAUUCCUGUUUUAAAUCCUUUUGAAAGUCCUGGUGAUUAUUCUAAUCUCCACGAACAAACUGUCUCCAGUCCUUCUGUUUUUAAAUCGACAAAAUUACCAACUCCAGGGGAAUUUAGAUGGUCUAUUGAUCAACUAGCCGUAAUAAAUCCUGUAGAAAUAGACCCAGAAGACAUUCAUCGUCAAGCUUUAUACUUAAGUCGUUCUCGAAUAGAUAAAGAUGUGGAAGACCAAAGACAAAAAGCCAUUGAAGAGUUUUUCACUAAGGAUGUCAUCGUACCUUCUCCUUGGACUGAUCAUGAAGGGAAGCAGCUUUCAGAGUAUGAUUCCAGUAAAUGUAUUAACAUCAAUAAUGAAUCUCCAAUUGGAAGAAAGCUGACCAUACAUUCUGAGACAAGCAAUGCUGCUUGCCAGACAUUGCUGUCUCUUCCUGUGGAUUUUAAUUUAGAAAAGGUAUUAGGUGACUAUUUUAGAGCUGAUGAAUUUGCAGAUCAAUCUCCUGGAAACCUCAGUUCUUCAUCCCUCAGAAGAAAGCUCUUUUUAGAUGGCAACGGAAGUAUCUCUGACUCCUUACCUCCAGCUUCUCCCAGAAGUCCUCGUAGUGGUGCUGAAGCAUCACUUGAGGUUUUUUAUUCAAUAGAUUUAUCUCCUGUGCAGUGUAGGAGCCCUGUGCAGACCCCGAGUUCGGGGCAGUUUUCUUCUAGCCCUAUUCAGGGUAGUGCAAAAAAAUACAGUUUGGGAAGCAUAACCAGUCCUUCACCUAUUUCUUCACCCACUUUCUCACCAAUUGAAUUUCAAAUAGGAAAGACACCACUCUCAGAGCAAAGGAAGUUAACUUUCCAUUCUCCUGAUGCUUCAUCUGGAACAAAUUCUCAUGGAAUUACCAAUCCGUGUAUCAGAAGUCCUUAUAUAGAUGGCUGCUCACCAAUUAAAAAUUGGUCUCCUAUGAGACUUGAGAUGUGUACAGGGGGUGCUAAGUAUCGGCCCGCACUGAUUCGGGUACCUUUUGCUCUCGAGGCUCACAGCGAAGAUGAAGGAGACAAGGCAGAUGUUCCUUCCACAGACGCCUCCUCCCUCGCCACGGGCACGGCUGGAGUCCACCUGCCGCAGCUGGAUGGUGACGUUUGUCCACACGGCGCGCACUUGGUAGUGACCGCCAUGUCUAUUACCCAGAACCAGUCCGGUGCUUCUGAGAAAGAAUUGGCACUGCUGCAGGAUGUGGAAAGUGAGAAGGAGAAUAACACUGUGGAUAUGGUCGAUCCCAUAGAGAUAGCAGAUGAGACCACUUGGAUUAAGGAGCCCGUUGAUAAUAGGAGUUUACCCAUGACUGACUUUGUGAGUGGGAUCGCCUUCAGUAUUGAAAACUCUCACAUGUGCAUGUCACCUCUCGCAGAAAGCAGUGUCAUUCCUUGUGAAAGAAGUAACAUUCAGAUGGAUAGUGGCUAUAAUACACAGACUUGUGGAAGCAAUAUUAUGGAUACGGUUGGAGCAGAAAGUUACUGCAAAGAAAGUGAUGCACAAACCUUGGAAGUCGAGACUAAAUCUCAAGUUUUUAAUAUAAAGCAAGACCACUCGAUGCAAAGGUGUUGGAUGAAAAUUGCAAAUCGUCCUCAAUGCAGCAGCCCAUAGAGUACCUCUCUCAGAACCAAAGACUCCAACUGGACAGCUCCACGUAUUCUUCAUGCGUGGGAUCCAUAAUGUGAUCAUGAUUGGGAGGAAACUGCUUCAACUAACAUGCUGAGCUUCUUUUCUUUCCCUCCUUAAUGUGAAAAAUCAAGGGCUUAAUUUAGUGACAACAGAAAAGCUCCUGGAACUUUCAAGAAGUUACUGAAGUACAAGUUCAUUUUUUAUCAAUAAAUAUUUUUGUA